CUCAGGACUAAUCAAUUUCAGGUUACUUUUUGUUACCGUUACUAAAAAACAGCAAGAAUGAGCUCAAAACUCUCAGUGUCAAGCGUGCGAGGUUCAAUUAAGGAGCUUUUGGCUGCCUCCCAAGAGAAGAAGAGGAAUUUUGUGGAGACCAUCGAGCUUCAGAUCGGUCUGAAGAACUACGACCCUCAAAGGGACAAGCGUUUCUCUGGAACUGUCAAGCUUCCCAAUGUCCCCCGUCCCCGAAUGUCGAUUUGCAUUCUUGCUGAUGCAGCUGAUAUCGAUCGUGCUAAGCAAAUCGAGCUCGAAUAUAUGUCUGUCGAUGAUCUGAAGAAGCUGAACAAAAACAAGAAGCUGGUUAAGAAGCUGGCCAAGAAAUACGACGCUUUCUUGUCCUCUGAAGCCUUGAUCAAGCAGAUUCCUCGUCUCCUUGGUCCAGGUCUUUCUAAAGCUGGAAAGUUCCCUACUCCCGUCUCCCAUGCGGAGGAUCUCACCAACAAGAUCAAUGAGGUUCGCUCAACCAUCAAAUUCCAGUUGAAGAAGGUUCUUUGCUUGGGUGUCGCUGUGGGUCACAUCCAGAUGACUGAUGACCAGGUUCUCGGAAAUGUCAUGCUCGCUAUUAACUUCCUCGUCUCUCUUCUUAAGAAGAACUGGCAAAACGUGAAGUCACUUCACCUCAAGACGACCAUGGGCAAACCUGUGCGUCUGUUUUAACUUACUUCAAUGGAUGAUCCUGGGGAGUACGCCAUCGGAAUUUCGUAUAUGCACAAUACGAAGCCUCGCACGCUUAUACCAACAUUUCUUUUGGGAGGAGUGAUUGGGAGCUGGUACGGUUUUUCGAGUAGUUGCCUCAUUCUAUAUUUCAUGUUAUACUGCUGUACAUGCCUUUAUGCAUAUGGAUCACUUGUAAAGUCAAUGAGUC